ACCUUUCUUUUAUCGGUUAUACCCUUUGCCCCCUCUCUCACUCUCUCUCUCUCUCUCUCCUUCUCAGUGCAAACAGUUUAGAAAACCAAAUUAAUCUAGUUCAAUCAUACAUAGAGAAUACAGUGUAAAGAAUAGAUUUUCUCCCCUACCAAAAACAAGAGGGAGCUGAGAUAUUGUAAGGUGGUGUGAAAGGAAUUAACAAGGAUCUGUUUUGGGAUAUAUGGGCAUAAGAGAAAGAGAUGACAUGGUGCAAUGACUCAGAUGAGGAGAGGGGAAUUGAUCAACUGGUUGCACCAACAAUUACUCCUACUUCAACUAAUAACACUACUGUUCUUACUGAUCAUCGCACAAAAGCAAGCGAAAUUCGCACCUUAACUUGCCCCUCAUGUGGCCAAAACAUUGAAUUCCAAGACCAGACUGGAAUCAAUGACUUGCCGGGGUUACCAGCUGGGGUGAAGUUUGAUCCGAAUGACCAAGAGAUAUUAGAGCAUUUGGAAGCAAAGGUACUGUCUGACGUGCCAAAGCUUCAUCCACUUAUUGAUGAGUUCAUACCAACGCUUGAAGGAGAGAAUGGGAUCUGUUAUACGCAUCCAGAAAAGCUUCCAGGUGUAAGAAAAGAUGGACAAAUCCGCCACUUCUUUCACAGGCCAUCUAAAGCAUACACAACAGGAACAAGGAAAAGAAGAAAGGUUCACACCGACGAAGAAGGAAGCGAGACAAGGUGGCACAAAACAGGAAAAACUAGACCAGUUUUUGUUGGUGGUGCUGUGAAGGGGUUCAAGAAAAUCCUAGUCCUCUACACCAACUAUGGAAGGCAAAAGAAGCCUGAGAAGACCAAUUGGGUGAUGCAUCAAUACCACCUUGGCACUAGCGAAGAAGAGAAAGAUGGAGAAUUGGUGGUUUCAAAGGUUUUCUACCAAACACAACCUCGACAAUGUGGUAAUUCCAUUAUAAAGCAGGAUCUUUAUGAUGAAGAAAGAUUGAUGACUAACCAAAGUGUCCAUAAUGAUGAUGACAACAAUAUAAUACCUAGAAAUAAUAAUGCAAGUGCUCUUAUGGACUACUACAAUCCUUCUUUCAUAAAUUAUGACCAAUUGGGUGGUCGUAGUAAUAGGGAAAAUUCACCUCAACUUAUUCCAAAUUUGGUCAUGCAAGGUGAUAGCUCUUCUUUCAUUCGAUUAGCAAUGGAUGCAACCAAAGCCAAGAUGGACAGAAAAUAGCUCCUUACUGGAAGAACUUUCUUGGUAGAACAUAUAGUAGUGACAAUGACCAUAUAUUGAUGUUGAUGUUUUUUUUUUAUAUUACUAUUAUAUAUAUAACAUGUAUUUAUUCUAUAUAUGGGACGAUAAGUUGGAAGAAAGACAAGGCUUCCAUUAUUAUUAUUAUAUAUAUAUGUGUGUCGAGGAUUACCCAUUUGACGACCCUGGUUGCAAUUGAGAGGAGAUAACGGUUGUUCCGGUACUGUGGUUUUUAUCUUAGGUUUAAUGUACAGGUAAAUUUGUAAAAUCGUUCACAUGUGAUUCUAUAUGUCAAAUUAUGCAGAGUAUGUUUGUUUUAAAGUUCAAAACCCUCCAAAUGGACGUUCAACAGGAACAUGUAAUUUCCUUUUCCUUUUUCUUUUCCGGCCCUACAUAAAUACAGAUGUAUUUUCCAUUAUA